CUCCCGCGGGCCUGGGGCUCUCGAGCGCCGCCCCGUGUGACUGCGGCCCGGCUUCGCUCGGAUGUUAAAUAGAGCUUGAAGUCGUGUUAGAGCUCGAGGACCGUGGCGGUGCCACUAACAGGGCUGAGCCUUCCGCCAGGUCGCGUCUGCUCCAGACGCUAGACGUGUGGCCCGCCUCCUCUCCUGCACGGCCCCGUUCGGCCGCCUCCCUCACGGGCGCGCCAGCGGCCCCAAACCCCGCCUGCCCGGGGGGCCGCACCCGGGGAGCACCCCCUGCUGACCACGGAGCUCUAAGACCGCCCCCGAGGGGAGCGGGUUCUACAGCACCCGCGUGACUUCCUUAACUUCUCGGGGAAGUAGUCCGUUUGAAACGUUGGUUGACGCGACUCUUGCAAAGAUACAAAACGACUGUCUAAGGCAUUUCUCUUCUCUGAACCUAAAAGCAAGGAUGUCACCCUGGAGCUGUGCAUUCUGAUGAUGUGGCCAAGUCCCCAGACUUAGUGAAAGCACCUUAGUCAGUGCUCAAGAGGAGGAACAACUAGCAUGGAUCUUGAUGACACUGAACAAGAUCCUGAAAUAAAGGAAUAUUCUUCUGUCUGUGUUGGCAGAGAAGAUGACAUUAAAAAAUCUGAAAGAAUGACAGCUGUUGUCCAUGAUAGAGAAGUGGUCAUUUUCUACCACAAAGGAGAAUAUCAUGCUAUGGAUAUUCGCUGUUACCACUCAGGAGGACCUUUGCAUUUGGGAGAAAUAGAGGAUUUUGACGGACGACCAUGUAUAGUUUGCCCCUGGCAUAAAUACAAAAUUACUUUGGCAACAGGAGAAGGACUAUAUCAGUCUAUAAACCCUAAAGAUCCAUCAGCAAAACCCGAGUGGUGCUCCAAAGGAAUAAAACAAAGGAUUCAUAAAGUGACAGUGGACAAUGGGAAUAUUUAUGUGACUCUUUCUAAAGAACCUUUUAAGUGUGACUCUGAUUUUUAUGCCACUGGAGACUUCAAAGUAAUUAAGAGUUCCUCCUGAUAAAAUUACAUGGCAAUGAAAAAUGUGUAUGUUUUGAAAAUAUUUUUAGACUAACCUUGCUUCAAUACCAAAGAUGAUUAAUUUUUUCAACAUAGGCACAUUUAUUACUUUUCCUUAAAAAUCCUAGAAGCACAUGUACUUAGUAUGAUGUAAGGAUUACCAUCAGGAUAUAUAGAAUACAUGUCAUCAAAUCCUCUGGAUUGAUUAGAACCUGAAGGUAAUGGGUGUGGAAUGUGCAUUUUAAGAAGGAUGAAAAUAAUUUUGAGUAACCAAAAUGAAGAAAAGGUAAUAAAUACGAUCUAAGAAAAGUUUUUGGGGGAAAAUCCCUAUUUGAUAUAGCAGACUUCAUCACAGAAAAGUUUUAAUAUAUACAAAGUCAAAUAAUAAACUCUCAUCACCCCACUUCAACACUUAUGCCCAGUCUUUCAUUCUGGUUCCAUUGAUACUUCCACGCAUUCCACGCCUCCCCUAUCUAAUUGUUAUUCUAACUUUUUUUUAGGUAAACUUUAAAUACACUGAAAUGCUUAAGUCUUGACUGUUCAGUUUUUCCAAAUGUACAGCAGACUUUUUACACUUAAAAAAUGCCUCCAAAAAUGGAAUCAAUUUACAUGCUGAAUAUAAAAAUAAACUUAUCAAUGUGCUGGACAUCAAAACCAAAUAAACCUUGGUUCAGUUUGUCUCCAGUCAAGACAGACAGUCUCAAAGUAAGGAAAACACAGCUGCUGCCCAGCCAUGAGAGACGUGAAGUCUCCUAUUUAGUGAGCCAAAGUACUCUGCAUGCCUGUAUGAAAUUUUCGAAUAAAGGGUUUUUUAUAUUUAGAAAACUUUGUGCAUGUGUGUACAACUAAGUGUUUCAUGUAAAUGUUACGGAGAGAAAAGACAUGGGGUGUUGUUCCUCAGAGUCCUUUCUGCUGAGUUCACAGGCAGGGGUGAUGUUCAGUUGGUUCACCCUGAUUUUACCACGCCAGUUAUUUAUGGCCAGUGCUGUUCUGGUUGCCUGUGCCCACCCUGUACUGUAACACCCUGGGUGCUGAUCAUCCAAAACUCAGCAGCACAUAGUAGAAUACAAGUGUAGGUGGGCCAGAAAGAACUAGGAUGAGUAGAUUAUGAAUUCAGAGUGAGAAAAGCUGUUUGUCAAGAUUGGAACCCAGUCUCAAAGCACAGUAAACUUGUUAGUGGCAUAGGAUUGAAUUAAGGCUCCAAACCUAAAACUUAACACUCUAAGGGGUCUACCUGGACUCUUUCCCUUGUUUAUUAUAAAAAUAAGUGAAUAAAGUAUGUGUCAUUAAGGCUCUGCUUAUAGAGCCCUUUGCUACAUAUUAUUGCACUUCUUUUUCUGUUAGAAUAUGGUAGCAUGAGGUAAUACAACACUUGUUACUCAUUUCUCAGACUACUACUAAAGAGCCAGGGUUGGGCUUUUUUUUUAUAAAUACUGUUUUUGGCAGCAGCUACUCACCAGGUACAGGAAAUGCACAUCUCUAGGAUGGGUACAUCCCAGGCUAUUAUAUCAGGUGCUAAUCCUCCAAUGACCAAUCAGGUCUUAACACACAUCCAGAAUUUAAAAUGCAUGGAAGAAACCAAAGUACCUCCUGUGGGCAAAACCAUGGCCCUGGUUUGCAGGGCCAAUUACAGAAGCCUUUUCUCUCAGGAUUCAAUGGCAAAAAUGAGUAAUAGGGACAUGAUUUCUGGUUCUAAAUUUGUUCCUCUAAAUGUGGAAAUAAAAAAUGUUAUGUCAUGUCCUGUCCUCAUAUACAGAAAUCUUCCCAUCAGUUUGUGAAUAUUUUGUUUUAUAAAUUUAUGACAUCAAUGAAUUAAAAGUCCUUCAUAACUUUA